GAAAAUUAUGCAGGACCUUUAAAUACAAAAUUUUCCUCACAUGAUUAUGUACGAAAAAAUUCUGAAGGAAGUCUCAAACUUUAUACCGUUAGUAUGAAAGAAAUAAUGACACAAUCUUCUAAAAUUAAUAAAUAUAAUAUUGGAAAAUUAGUAAAAAUAAAGAUUCCAAAAGAAGAUAAAGAAAAAACUGAUAGAACUCAUUUACCUUGUAAAAUACUUAAUUCUAAUGAAAAUGAUAAAGAAGCUGCAAUAUUACAAUCUACUAUACAAAAUGAAUCACAAAUACAUUU